AUGUCUCCGCACUUUGCGUCCUCCAAAUCACAGCAGACGCGGGUCAAGGAGCCACCAGCCUGGAAGGAUGAGGUGCCGGCGAAGCUCCACCUGACCCUGGCGCCCUCCCUGGCCUCCAGCGAGGGGACGCCCGGCAGCCAGGAAGGGGCCCUGGGACACUGCCUGGAGACCCCGGACGAGAGCUCCGCGGGGCAGGGCGGGAGCCUGGAGCGACACUCCCCCCCGCCCCAGGUCUCGGCCUUUGCCAGCGCCGCGGUGCAGUCUGGGGUCCGGGGCACCGACCGCCCCCCCGCGGCCCCCGCGCGCGCCGCCACCGCGUCCCCGCUUGGAUCUCUCAGCGAGGCCGACGCGCUGCGCCUCUCCGUCCUGCUUGCCCACGCCCGGCUCCAGAUCCAGAAGGAAGCGCAGCAGGGCCUGGCGUCCCGCUCGCCCUCGUCCGGCAGCGAGGCCUCCCCCGCCGCCGACAUCCACCCGCUGCUGAUGCAGGGGCUGACCGCGCUCCCAUGCCACCGCUGCCCACCCCCCCUGUCCCAGUACGAGGGCUUCAUGUCCAGCGGGCAGCGCCACUUCCGCCUGACCUCGGGCUGGAGUGGGCUCAUGCGCGUCCAGAACGUGACCAUCGGCGACACCCUGGCGCUGGAGCGCUGGACGGAGGACCGCACGGUCAUCCACCUGCGCAUCAUCCGGCGGCAGGGGCGGGAGGGCGAGGCGCUCCCCGGGCCACCGGCCUGA